AUGACAAUGACAAUGAGAAGGGGAGCUUCUCUCUGCCUUUUGUUUUCAUUGUCACUUGUACUCUUGGGUUUUGCCCAAGCCAAUCCCAAUUACAAGGAUGCCCUAGCUAAGUCCUUAUUGUUUUUUCAAGGUCAGAGGUCAGGGAGGCUGCCCCCACCGGAACAAAUCACUUGGAGGUCCAAUUCUGGCCUCUCUGAUGGUUUGUUUGCCCACGUGGAUUUAACAGGAGGGUACUAUGAUGCUGGAGACAAUGUCAAAUUUAAUUUCCCAAUGGCCUUCACCACUACAAUGCUCUCUUGGAGCACGCUUGAGUAUGGAAAAAGAAUGGGCCCUGAAUUAUCAAAUGCAAGGGCUGCAAUUCGCUGGGCCACAGACUAUCUUCUAAAAUGUGCCACUGCCACCCCUGGCAAGCUUUAUGUUGGUGUAGGUGAUCCCAAUGUUGAUCACAAGUGUUGGGAGAGGCCUGAGGAUAUGGACACCGUCCGAACAGUGUAUUCAGUCUCGGCUAGCAGCCCUGGCUCGGAUGUUGCCGGUGAGACGGCAGCUGCAUUAGCAGCUGCUUCGAUGGUUUUUCGAAAAGUGGAUCGUAAAUACUCAAGUUUGCUACUGAGGACAGCCAGGAAGGUUUUUCAAUUUGCCAUGCAAUACCAAGGUGCCUAUAGUGAUUCGCUUGGAUCAGCAGUGUGCCCAUUUUAUUGCUCAUAUUCUGGUUAUAAGGAUGAACUACUGUGGGGAGCUGCAUGGCUGUUCAGGGCAACAAAUGAGAUGUCCUACUUCAAUAUCUUCAAGUCUUUGGGAGCUGAUGACCAACCAGACCUAUUCAGCUGGGACAACAAGUAUGCUGGUGCUCAUGUUCUUCUGUCAAGGCGAGCAUUGUUGAACAAUGACAAAAACUUUGAGCAAUUUAAAGGAGAAGCUGAAAAUUUCAUGUGCCGUAUUUUACCCAACUCACCUUUUAAAACUACACAAUAUACACAGGGAGGGCUCAUGUACAAGCUACCUGAAAGCAACCUCCAAUAUGUUACAUCCAUAACAUUCUUGCUCACCACUUACGCUAAGUACAUGAAAGCAACAAAGCACACCUUCGACUGUGGCAAUCUCUUGGUCACUCCAAAUUCCCUGAUUUAUGUGGCUAAAAGACAGGUGGAUUACAUACUAGGGGAGAACCCAAUUCGAAUGUCCUACAUGGUAGGAUAUGGACCCAAUUUUCCAAGGAGAAUUCAUCAUAGAGGUUCUUCUUUGCCAUCAAUGGCAAGCCACCCCCAAGCUAUAGGUUGUGAUGGUGGUUUUGAUCCUUUCUACCAUUCAGGAAAUCCUAAUCCUAACAUCUUAACCGGAGCUAUUGUUGGUGGUCCGAACCAGAACGAUGGCUACCCAGAUGAACGCAGCGAUUAUAGUCAUUCUGAGCCUGCUACAUACAUCAAUGCUGCUAUGGUUGGACCUUUAGCGUACUUUGCUGGAAGCUUAAAUUAG